AUGGAAUGUAAAAGUUAUCAUGAAAAAACUGGAAUUCGUUUAGAAAAAUUAUGGGAUUGGCCUUCAGUUCGCGUCUUUAUCGGUAUUUGGUCAAUAGCAAAAAAUAAUGCGAAUCGAGAUUUAAUACGAACUUUAUAUUUAAGGCAAAAAAAAGGGUUAAUUGAUGACAAAGUAGACUUCAAAUUUUUCCUUGGUAAAUCGAGUGACGAAGACAUAACCAAAUUGAUUGCAGAAAAUAUUACUUAUGGUGAUAUUAUUAUAUUGGAUGUAAAAGAGAACAUGAAUAGUGGCAAGGCGUAUUAUUACUGGAAAUGGAUUGGCUCGAACCUUGACACCACGGAAUAUGAUUACGCUGCAAAGGCCGAUGAUGAUUCAUUUGUACAUUUUCAAAAUCUGGCACUUAAUCUUCGACCGCUACCACGUGAUGAUUUAUAUUACGGAUACAUGAUACGAAAAAGACAUGUAACCUUUGCUCGAGGCAUGCUCCAAGUACUUUCAAUUAAUUAUGCUUACCUAUUUAUAUCAAUUCCAUUCGACAGAAAAGAAUGGCAUGGAGCCGAAGAUUACAAGUUGGCGGUAUGGUUGAAUAAAUACACGAAUUCAACUUUGAAUCGAUUCAACGAGGACUGCUUAAUGGUUCAUGAUCCACGAGUACCAAUAACUAGUUCUAUGUGGAGACACUGGGCAUCUCCACAUACAAUUGUCAUACAUUGGUUAAAAGACCCUGUUGCAUGGGAAA